AUGUCGUCCAGUUCCGCUUCCUCAUCGGAGGAGGAUCCCAUUGCCUAUCGAAAUACUCGCAUAUUCCCGCCCCAAUUUCCAGCUCCUCCGACUUGCCGUUCGUCGGCACCGCGGAGCAGGUCUCUGGCCACGAACCGCAUCACAACGUGGGUUUCUCAGUACGAAAAGGCUCGGAGCCCUCGAAGUUCAGCGGACGACGAGGCUUCCGUCGUCUCCGAUGUCUCUUCGUACGCCGAAGUGCAGCUGCUAUGGCAGCAGCUCAAAGAGAAAAGAGCCAAAGUGGGCGACAUCAAACAACAGAUGGCCAAGAUGCGGCAGGAGCUCAGAAUCCUCCGCCGACGCCAAGACGAAGCGGACAACGCAUUCAUGAGCGUCAUCCGGCCCGUACUCGUCAACCCGUGGGGCCUGCCGCCAACCUCGGCCCAGGUCCUCGACAGCCGGAUGGCAGCCAUGCAAGACUUGCGAGACCAACACCACUUCCGAGAGACAGACUAUGAAGCUCUUGAGCUUAUGGUGGACGACGAGGAAACGAAACUUAACGGUUUGGAGACGAGAUUCUUCAGUCUGCUGGCAGCCGGGCAAAGCAGGGUGGAGCACGCCGCCUCGUAUCGCGCGACCCCUUCGGAAGCAGAGUCGGGCCCACCCUCCGACGUGCCCUACGAGUUGAGGGGAAUAUCCGCGGACAAGCCAUCAGAAGACCUUCAUCCGCUCUACGUUGAGCUGACGUCGGCCGUCGGCGAUCUCGAGAAUGCAAAAGAGGAGUACCAGGACCUGCUUUACGUCAAGGAACAGUACGAAUUCGAAUCCAAGCUCAAAUGGUCUACGGGCAAGAAGACGACGGCCGAAGCCGAUGACUUUUUUGCCGAGUUUCCCGCGGAGGAGGCAAGGAUGAAGGACGAGGUUUCGAGGCUUGAGAAUCAGGUCGAAAGCCUCAAGCAGCUUUGCGAGGCAAAGAAGGUGAUGAGGAAGCACAUGUCGCUUCGGAUGGCGUACGCAUUGGAUCCUCAUACCAGAUUCGAGGAACUGGAGCUGGAGGACAAAGCUUCGAUCCUCGCCAGGAAGAAGUCUCUGGCCCAUGCCGUCUUUUCCGAGAUUCUGUCUCAGCCCGACCAUGUCUUGGCUGAGCCGGAGCCGCUGACGUCGCUCCAGGCUCUCCGGGCCGCGGCUCGACUCCCGCAGGACAAUGCCGAGAACAAAGAGAGGCAACGACUGGCCGCCAAGGAGUACUCCAUUGACAACCUAACGCCAGGAGGCGAAGCGGGAGGCAGAGGAGACUUGGUCAACAGAUGGCUACUUCAACAGCUUCGUCAGUCGCCGCUCAAUGUGCAGCUCCUGCACUCGACGUUUGUCGCAAGCCGGUCGCUGAGAAUCCGGGAUCUCUGGCGAUGGCAGCGCGACGCCAUGUACUAUUGGUGGCGCGACAGUACCAUGGGCCCAGCCGAAGACACGCCCAAGUGCAUCACGAGUGUUGACUCCAAUGACGCUUCUUGCCCGGGAACGCCGCAGAUGUCAAGAGCGGUGUCGGAGGGCCAACUGGGAUGCUACGAUCACCACCCGGCUCGCCGUGAGAGUGACAGCGCAGUGACCGCCACGGGAUAG